UGGUGAGAAGUCAGAGAAAUCUGAUAUAUGAAUGAAACCUACAAAGGCUCUGUUUUUCGUAACAAAGCCACACGCCUUAGACCAAAUCAGAGAGAGGAGGGUCAAAGUUUGCAUAACUGUUAUAAUUUAUCUUCCCUUCUGCGACUGCCCCUCCUCUCUAACAUCUUCCACCUCAAUUCCCCCUUCCGUUCUUUUUUAGGGUUAGGGUUCUCGCGCCACAAUGGCACUUCCAUCCACAUUCUCAGCUCCCAAAUUUGAUGCGCUGUACCUCAAAUCCUCAUCUUCCUCUUCCUCGCAAUUUCCUUCAAAGGCAUUACCCACUGCUUUUCUUCGCCAUGACAGAACAACCUUCGUCCGGAGAGGGGUUGUUCGCUGCGACUCUAAGCCCUCUGAUGCAUCAGUUGCUCCCAACAAUGCUAUCUCUCUCUCCGCUCUUGAGCAGCUCAAGACUUCUGCUGCUGAUAGGUAUACAAAGGAAAGGAGCAGCAUUGUUGUCAUUGGGCUAAGUGUGCACACGGCACCCGUGGAAAUGCGUGAAAAACUUGCAAUUCCAGAAGCGGAAUGGCCUAGAGCUAUUGCAGAGCUGUGUAGUCUUAAUCAUAUUGAAGAAGCAGCUGUUCUCAGCACCUGCAACCGAAUGGAGAUAUAUGUUCUUGCACUGUCCCAACAUCGUGGUGUCAAAGAAGUCAUGGAAUGGAUGUCAAAAACAAGUUCUGUCCCUGUUUCAGAGCUAAACCAGCACCGAUUUUUACUUUACAACAAUGAUGCCACGCAACAUCUUUUUGAAGUAGCAGCAGGUCUUGAUUCUCUUGUUUUGGGAGAAGGUCAAAUCCUUGCCCAAGUAAAGCAAGUUGUCAAGGUUGGACAAGGAGUUAACGGCUUUGGGAGAAACAUCAGUGGGCUAUUCAAGCAUGCGAUUACUGUUGGUAAAAGGGUUAGAACUGAGACUAACAUUGCUUCCGGGGCAGUUUCUGUGAGCUCAGCUGCUGUGGAGUUGGCUUUUAUGAAGCUACCUGAAGCCUCACUUGAUAAUACCAGAAUGUUGGUUAUUGGAGCUGGGAAGAUGGGGAAGCUCGUGAUCAAACAUUUGGUGGCAAAAGGUUGCAAAAAGAUGGUUGUUGUCAAUAGAACCGAGGAGAGAGUUGCUGCAAUACGAGAAGAACUGAAGGAUACUGAAAUAAUCUACAAACCCCUUUCAGAAAUGCUCACCUGUGCCGGUGAAGCUGAUGUAGUUUUCACCAGUACUGCAUCAGAAACCCCAUUAUUCUUGAAAAGUAAUGUCAAAGAUCUUCCUCCUGCAAGUCAAGAUGUUGGAGGCCGUCGCAUUUUCGUUGACAUUUCUGUUCCCCGGAAUGUGGGUUCAUGUGUCUCAGACCUUGAGUAUGUGCGAGUUUACAACGUUGAUGACCUUAAAGAGGUUGUGGCUGCCAAUAAAGAGGAUCGCCUAAGAAAAGCAAUGGAAGCACAGACAAUCAUUGCUGAAGAAUCUAAGCAAUUCGAAGCUUGGAGGGACUCGCUGGAAACUGUUCCUACUAUAAAAAAACUGAGGGCUUAUGCAGAAAGAAUCAGGCUUGCUGAGCUGGAGAAAUGCUUAGGUAAGAUGGGUGAUGAUAUACCAAAAAAAACACGGAGGGCUGUGGAUGAUCUUAGUCGGGGUAUAGUGAAUAAGUUGCUUCAUGGUCCAAUGCAACAUUUAAGGUGCGAUGGGAAUGACAGUCGGACUCUUAGUGAGACACUCGAGAACAUGCAUGCUUUGAAUAGGAUGUUCAACCUUGAUACUGAGAUAUCUGUUUUGGAGCAGAAGAUUCGAGCGAAGGUAGAACAAAACCAGAAAUGAAAUCCAACACCAAUUUCAUUGAUCAUAAUGAUUUAUUCUCUCCAUUAGAAUAAGAGGAAACAUCCUCACCUGUUAGGAACUUAGUUGCAUAGUUAAAACACCUAAAGUGUCCAUGUGCUCCUUCGUCUGCAUGGCCUAACAUCAAAUCGUCCGUGUUUCUUGGGUCAUGUGCUUUCUUCACCCUGUUUUUCCGCAACCAUCUGGCUUUGUAUUGUACAAAAUGAAGUGUUUUGUUGAGCUUUGUAUUUACCUCGAAUAAUGUUUUCUAAAAUGUGCCCCUGUAUCGAGAAUGAUAAUUGUAAGUGCCGAGUUUCUACAGUAUAGAGAGGGUUGGUUUUGCACUUCCCGCGUCUUGGUCCGGGUUUAUUUACACUUUUUAGUGUUUUAGAUUUUGUAAACAAUAUAUUUGGAACCGAUCACUAGUUUAUCUACAAGCAUUGUUCUUGGAGUGUU